GUGCCCCGUCUACUGCUAGUGGUACAUGCUCGCGCGCGCGUGCCGGGUGCUCUUCCUCCCCAAGCCCCCCGCUAGGGUUUUGCCUGCCGCCGCCAUCCACCUCUCCUCUUUCGCCGCCGCCACUGCCCGACCGCCGAUGGAGGCGUCGCCUGAGUGGCCUGCUCGGCGGGUCCGGGAAACUUUCAUCCAGUACUACGAGUCUAAGUCGCACACGCGAUGGCCGUCGAGCCCCGUGGUCCCCGUCGACGACCCCACGCUGCUGUUCGCCAACGCCGGAAUGAACCAGUUCAAGCCGGUGUUUCUCGGCACUGCCGCCCCGGACUCGCAGCUUGGCCGCCUGAGCCGCGCCUGCAACACCCAGAAGUGCAUCCGCGCCGGCGGCAAGCACAACGAUCUCGAUGACGUGGGGAAGGACACCUACCACCACACCUUUUUCGAGAUGCUCGGGAACUGGUCCUUCGGAGACUACUUCAAGGAGGAGGCCAUCGGGUAUGCAUGGGAGCUCCUCACCCAGGUGUACAAAUUGCCUACUGAUAGAAUUUACGCAACGUACUUUGGUGGUGAUGAGAAAGCUGGCCUUGCUCCUGAUAUUGAGUCGAAGAAUAUAUGGUUAAAAUAUCUACCGAAAGAAAAAGUUCUUCCUUUUGGCUGCAAGGAUAACUUCUGGGAGAUGGGCGACACUGGUCCUUGUGGCCCAUGCACGGAGAUUCAUUUUGAUCGCAUUGGUAACCGUGAUGCAGCUUCAUUAGUGAAUAAUGAUGACCCUACAUGUAUUGAGAUAUGGAAUCUUGUGUUCAUUCAGUUCAAUAGGGAAGCUGAUGGUGCUUUGAGAACCUUGCCAGCAAAACAUGUUGACACAGGAAUGGGCUUCGAGCGUUUAACUUCCAUCCUUCAGAAUAAAAUGAGCAAUUACGAUACAGAUGUAUUCAUGCCGUUAUUUGAUGCCAUCCACCAAUUGGCUGGUGUUGGAAUUCAACCAUACUCUGGUAAAGUAGGCACUGAUGAUGUUGGGAAAGUUGAUAUGGCGUAUAGAGUUGUUGCCGAUCACAUAAGAACCCUUUCUUUUGCUAUCGCUGAUGGUUCUCAACCUGGCAACGAGGGAAGAGAAUAUGUUCUAAGGCGUAUACUCAGACGGGCUGUUCACUUUGGUCAUCAAAAAUUGAUGGCGAAGCAAGGAUUUUUUAGCUCCCUUGUACAUGUUUUUGUCCGCGUGAUGGGUGAUGUAUUUCCUGAGCUGAAGGAGAAUGAAAAGAAGAUAAAAGAUAUUAUCAAAGAUGAAGAGGAAAGCUUCGAGAACACUCUAGCAAAGGGGUAUGAGAAAUUUAAGAAAGCUGCAGAUGCUGUCAAGGAGAAUGGCGGGGCAGUACUUAGUGGUCAGGAUGCAUUUAUUCUGUGGGACACCUAUGGUUAUCCAAUUGAUUUGACUGAGGUCAUGGCAGUUGACUAUGGGCUGACUGUUGAUAUGGAGGGUUUUACUCUUUCUAUGGAGGAAGCGAGGCAAAAGGCUCGUAAUGCUCGCUUCAAGGCUGGGGGUAAAUCUAUUGUACUGGAUGCUAAUGCUACAGCACAGCUGCGCAAUCAGGGGCUUGCCAGCACAGAUGAUAGCCCAAAGUUCCAACACAAGGAGCAUCACAGUGUGGUGAAGGCUAUCUAUACUGGCUCAGAGUUCAUAGACACUGCAUCUGGUGCUGAGGACUUUGGUCUUGUGUUAGAAAGCACAAGUUUCUAUGCGGAACAGGGUGGUCAGAUAUAUGACACUGGGAGUAUUGAGGGGUUAUCUGGAUCUUUCACCGUGAGCAAUGUUCAAGUGUUUGCUGGCUAUGUCUUGCAUAUUGGUUCAUUUAUGGAAGGGUCUGACACUAAGGCUUUGUCUGUUGGUGAUGAAGUGAGAUGCAAGGUUGAUUAUAAUCGGCGCACUCUCAUUGCUCCGAACCAUACCUGUACCCAUAUGCUGAACUUUGCCCUAAGGGAAGUACUUGGUGACCAUAUUGACCAGAAAGGUUCCAUUGUUCUUCCUGAGAAGCUGAGAUUUGAUUUCUCCCAUGGGAAACCUGUUCAGCCUGAAGAUUUGAGAAAAAUUGAGUUCAUAGUGAACCAACAAAUAAAGGAGGAGUUGGAAGUAUCUGCACGAGAAAUAAAAUUAGCUGAUGCGAAGCGCAUAAAUGGUCUACGUGCUGUGUUUGGUGAAAUCUACCCUGAUCCAGUAAGAGUUGUAUCGAUUGGUCGCAAAGUUGAAGAUUUGCUUGCAAACCCUGAAAGCAAAGAAUGGUUAUCCAUAUCAACAGAGCUGUGUGGAGGUACACACAUUUCAAACACAAGAGAUGCCGCGGCAUUUGCUCUUGUAUCUGAGGAGGGUAUUGCCAAAGGUGUUCGCAGGAUCACAGCUGUCACUGCUGAAUGUGCCUUUGAGGCUAUGAAGUUGGCAUCAUCUAUUGAUGCUGAUAUUGAUGAAGCAUCUAAAUUGGAGGGAGCCAUAUUAGAAAAGAAAAUUGCUUCCAUCAAGAAUACGCUGGAUGCAGCUUCUAUCCCAGCUGCAAGAAAAGCUGAUCUAAGAGGAAAGGUCACAAAGUUAGAGGAUCAACUAAGAAAGGCCAAGAAGAAAAUGGGUGAUGAAAAUAUCCAAAAGGCUGUGAAGACCGCGAUCGAUGCUGCAGAAGCUGCUCUUUCUGAUGGAAAGCCCUUUUGCGUUGCUCAUGUUGAUGUGGGUCUUGAUACCACUGCUGUCCGGGAAGCGGUAGUCAAAGCCAUGAACCGUUUCAAGAGUUUGCCAAUAAUGCUAUUCAGCUCAGAUGAAGCAUCGAACAAGGCUGUUAUUUAUGCUGGUGUACCUCCUGAUGCACCCGAUGGCUUCAAAGUUUUGGACUGGCUUACACCUUCAAUUGCACCACUCAAGGGAAGAGGUGGCGGUGGCAAGAAUGGCCUUGCCCAAGGCCAGGGAAGUGAUGCUUCUCAGCUCAAGGAGGCCAUGGAGCUUGCUACCCAGAUAGCUUCCAUGAAGCUGAACUGAGCUGAUUUGUUGAGUGUACUUGGUGUGGCUGCUGAUGUUUGUUCUAUUUCGCAGUUAGCAGAAAUUCUAUUUUUUUUAAUACACAAACAUGAAAGUAAUCAUGAAAUCAAUUAGAAGCACUGUCUGUUUCAUUUGUACCAUGAGCAUGACCUUUGGGGCAUAAGGAUAUAAAAUCAUGAAUAUACUCCAACGUAUAGGACGGAGUUCGAGUGCUGCAGUUGUCUUGUUACAGAUCAGUUCAUCAAUAUUGAAGUAUAACGAAGCUGAUGUGGCAUAUUGAUCCA